CUCUUUACUCUUUUACCAAAAACACACUCUUCAAAUCAUUUCCCAUUGUCAUGCCUAAAUUUCAUCUGGGUCUCUCUCAAAUCCCUCAUUCACCAUCAAUGGAGGAUCACUCUUCAUCCUCCAUGUCCAUCCUCAACACACCCUUUUUACUAGACACUCCAAAACAAUCUUCCCCAAAACCAUACAAAAAAAACUUAGUCACAACAUUAAUGGAAGCUGCAACCUUCACAUCCUCUUCUUUCAAAGAAGAUACCUAUUUUAUUUCCCACCUCAAAUCAUCAGAGAAGAAAGCAUUGCAAGAGUUGAAGAACAAGCUCUUAGCUUCAGAUGAAAACAACAAAAAUGCUUCCAUGUGGGGUGUUUCAUUGCUUGGUAAUGAUAAUGAUGAUGUUGCUGAUGUGUUGCUCUUGAAGUUCCUUAGAGCUAGAGACUUUAGAGUCAAUGAUGCUCUCAACAUGCUUGUGAAAUGUCUUGCUUGGAGGAAGGAGUUUGGUGCUGAUAAUGUUGUGGAUGAAGAGCUGGGAUUUAAAGAGCUUGAAGGUGUUGUAGCUUUUACACAUGGGUAUGAUAGAGAGGGACACCCAGUGUGUUACAAUCAUUAUGGUGUUUUCAAAGAUAAGGAUAUGUAUGAGAGGAUUUUUGGUGAUGAAGAGAAGUUGAAGAACUUUUUGAGGUGGAGGGUUCAAGUUCUUGAGAGAGGAAUCAAGCUUUUGCAUUUUAAGCCUGGUGGGGUUAAUUCUUUGAUUCAAGUUACUGAUCUUAAGGAUAUGCCUAAGAGAGAGUUAAGGGCUGUCUCAAAUCAUAUUCUCUCAUUGUUUCAAGAUAACUAUCCUGAAAUGGUGGCUCGUAAGAUUUUCAUCAAUGUGCCAUGGUACUUUAGCAUGUUGUAUUCAAUGUUCAGCCCAUUUCUGACUCAAAGAACUAAGAGCAAGUUUGUGAUCUCUAAGGAAGGAAAUGCUGCAGAGACACUUUAUAAAUUUAUAAGGCCUGAGAAUAUUCCUGUUCAAUAUGGUGGAUUGAGUCUACCAAAUGAAUUUCAAAAUGGUCCUCCAAAACCAGCUUCUGAGUUCACUGUUAAAGGUGGAGAAAAAGUGAACAUACAAAUAGAAGGAGUUGAGGGUGGUGCAACAAUCAAGUGGGAGAUUGUAGUUGGAGGCUGGGACUUAGAAUACAGUGCUGAGUUUGUCCCAAACUCAGAAGGUAGCUACACUAUAGCAGUUGAAAAAUCAAGGAAGGUUGAAGCAUCAUCUUUAGCAAUUCAAAAUUCAUUCACAUCAAAAGAAGCAGGUAAAAUGGUACUCUCAGUUGAUAACUCUGCAUCUAAGAAGAAAAAAGUUGCUGCUUAUCGCUAUGUUGUCCGCAAAUGCAACAACAACACACAAUCUGAUAUGUUGCAAUUAAGCCUCAAAUAGUGGUUGUAACAACAACAAUAUUGUGUUGUAUUUUUUGCUUGUAAUGUUACUUAUAAUUUGUUUUUGUUAACAAUAUUAGUAUUUUAUUUUGGGAUGUAAAAAGGAAGUGAGAAAUGGUGUUGCAAUGUUUGAUUGAUGCAUGAUCAGUUGGUAAAGAAGAAAAAGCAAUUAGCUUUGCGUAUAGAGCUUAAGCACUGUUUGUGUAUUGUGAUGAGUUUUGUCAGAGGGUAUUGUCAUUAUUGACAUGUGUGAAAUUGGUCAUUUGAUGUACCUGAUAUGCAGUAUAAUCUUUUAUAUUAAA